GGUGUGGCAGUAGACAGAAGAAAAUCUUUUUCAGGAAGUCACCAGCUUACAUUUGAACUCUACAAAAACUGCAAAACUAAACUGUGAAUUUUGGAUUCUCAAGUGAUCGACAUGCUCAGCCUGUCCUGGGAAAUCGAAACUUGGAUUAAACCUGGAUUUUGAUGAAGCUAAUCAGACAAUUAUCACAUUUCACCACAUCUCACUGCAUUAAGAGUUUAAAGGAUGAGAAUAAGAAAGUCAAAAAAUCUCCCAAUCGGUGGAGUUCUUUUUUUAUUGGUUUUCCUUCUUUGGAAAGUUGCAUUUUUCCACCAUGGGUUUGACUUUGUACCUGUGACUAACAGAAGCAAAGGCGCUCAAAAGAAGACACCCAUGAAAAGCUCUCAUAUAGCCUCGUGGCCAAAAUGUCAACAAAACACAUCUGCCGCCAACAUCCCGGGAUUCCAAACACUUCCUCAGCAUAUCAAAGAUUUCCUUUACUAUCGCCACUGUCGCCACUUCCCCAUGCUACUUGACAUUCCGGACAAAUGUGGAGGAGCUGAUAAAUCUGGAGAAGUCUUUCUUCUUCUGGUCAUUAAAAGCUCUCCGGGGAACUACGAACGCAGAGAGGUGCUGCGCAAAACGUGGGGUGAAGAGAGGUUACACAACGGUGUGUGGAUUCGACGGAUCUUCAUCUCAGGAACGACAGAUAGCGGGUUUGAGAAGGAGAGGCUGAACAAGCUCCUGGAGCUGGAGCAACGGGAGCACAACGACAUCCUCCAGUGGGAUUUCAGUGACACAUUUUACAACCUCACCUUGAAGCAGAUACUCUUUCUUGAAUGGAUGGAAAGGAACUGUCCCAAUGCUCGCUUCCUGUUGAAUGGUGAUGACGACGUCUUUGCCAACACAGACAACAUGGUCGAGUAUCUGCAAGGCCUGAAGGACAAUGACGGAAGACAGCACCUCUUUACUGGCCAUCUGAUCCAGGGAAAAGGGCCUAUUAGAGGGAAUAACAGCAAGUACUAUAUUCCUGUUCAGGUGCAUGAGGCCGACUCAUACCCUCCAUACUGUGGGGGUGCAGGCUACCUCCUGUCUCACUAUACAGCUUUGGUCAUAUACAAAAUGUCAAAAUCCAUUAACCUUCUUCCCAUUGAUGACGUUUACAUGGGGAUGUGUCUGGCCAAAGCCGGACUUGGUCCUGUGUCCCACAUGGGCUUCAAGACUGCUGGACUGCACAUCCCAUCAAAUAAAGCGGAUCUUUAUGACCCCUGUUAUUACAAAGACUUUUUACUAGUACACAGAUUUCUCCCGGCUAGGAUGUAUUUUAUGUGGCAUAAAAUACACGAUCCUAAUCUAAAAUGUGGUGAUAGUAGCAAUCACUGAAGAGGUAAAGAUUCAGAUUAUCUUUGACUUUUGUCAAUACUGUAUUUGUUAUAGCAUCUCAGAAAAACUGUAGUGCUUUACUUAAGUGAAAACUUCAAAGACAUUUUAAGUUGCAUUUCAUGGCAAGUAAACACUUUAUCACAAUUAUGGUUGAGUAACAGCACAGAAGAAUUAUUAACCACUAUUAUUCUGUCAAAGGGUUGCUAAGAUAAAACCAUGGGGUCAAAGGUAAUGAGAGAGAGAGAACACUGUGAUAAACAAAUUUGUAUGUACUUUUUGGCACUUCUCUCUAGUCUUUGUUGUAGUUUAUUUAUUAUACAAAUAUAAUAAUAUAAGUUUUAAAGAGAGAGUGACUUUUUAGAAUAAAGUCUAACAGCUGACAUCUGUGUAAGUCGACUCAUGUGAAACUGGUUUGAAUGUAUUGGGUUAAUCAUUAUAUCAGUCUGUCAUAAAUGUACUGGGCUAAAAGUUUAAAUUAAGAUAAAAUUGAAAUACAGAGAAAAAACCAAGCAUGCCUUGAAAUUCUGAAUUAUACCAAUAUACUUAUAUGUAAAUAUACUUACUUUAUUUCCACCACUGUGUGUGACUGGACUAUAAGCUUUAAGAAUUUCAUACUAGUCAGGAAUGCAAAACACAGAAAAAUCUUUAUUUCAAUGUACAU